AAAGAUGAGAAAUUUAUUGUAAAGGUGACACCUUUUUUGGUGCUUCUCUCUCCUCUCUAUCUCACUCUCUCCAAAAAGGAAGGAGAGAAGAAGCCCCCUCCACAGCCAUUAAUUAAUUUAUUAUUCAGAGACCCACCUCUCCAAGAGCCCAAUUUUUUAUACAUGUUUCCUGUGGAAUAAGGUGGUCUCCUCUCUCCUGUUCCCACUUGUUCUUCCUCUCUGUGCCCAACAAUCAGUAGUAUUCAGUGGGAGCGAGAAAGGAAUCAUGUGGCGAAAGAAGCACGGAUCUCACGGAAACCAGGAGCAUGAUAUUGAGCAGCAAGAAGCAAAGAUCAAGGAACUGAGGGCGGCCAUCGGGCCGUUGUCGGGCCGUAGCUCGAAGUACUGCUCGGAAGCGUGCCUGCGGAGAUAUCUAGAAGCUCGGAAUUGGAACGUCGAUAAGUCGAGGAAAAUGUUGGAGGAGAGUCUCAAGUGGAGAUCGACUUUCAAGCCCGAAGAGAUUCGUUGGCCUGAGGUUGCCGUCGAAGGCGAAACCGGUAAAAUAUACCGAGCUAACUUUCACGAUCGACAAGGGAGAAUCGUACUCGUGAUGAAACCUGCCAAGCAGAACACGACGUCGCACGAGAACCAACUUCGGCAUUUGGUUUAUUUAUUGGAGAACGCGGUCCUGAAUCUGCCCGAGGGCCAGGAGCAGAUGGUGUGGCUGAUCGACUUCAGAGGGUGGUCGUUGACGAACUCGGUGCCGAUAAAAACCGCGCGAGAAACCACGAAUAUCCUCCAAAAUCACUACCCCGAGAGGCUCGCCAUCUCAUUUCUUUACGAUGCGCCGAGAGUUUUCGAGGCCUUUUGGAAGGUUGUGAAGUAUUUUCUCGACCAAAAAACCUUCCAGAAGGUGACCUUCGUAUACUCGAACAACGAGGAGAGCAAGAAGCUCCUGCACAAGCACUUCGACCCGGAGACGCUCCCCGUGGAGUUCGGGGGGGAGAACAAGACGGAGGAGUACGAUCACGACGAGUUCUCGAAGAUGAUGACGAGCGACGACAUGAAAUUCGCGAGUUUUUGGGCGUCGGAGGAGACGAACGGCGCGCCCAAUGACGUACACAUCGGGCACUCGGCGUCAAGGGAGGUCGAGGUUGCUUCGGAGCCCUCCUAUGUUUCUGCACAAGCAAACUGAGCUUAAAAAUAGUUAAGUUAUGUUUAGAAGGCGAAAUAACGAAAUCGGAUUCGGCGAAUUCAAUUUUAAAAAGUAUAGAUCUUUUAUAUCUACUUGAACAACAGUGGAUAUGUAGAGGAAUGGUUCCUUUUCUCUUUGCUAGAGAAAUUGUAUGAUGCAAAGAGGUUUUAAUACAAGUACUAAUGACUUUGUUAAUGCGAAAGCAUGUUUAACCUCA